AUGUUUAUUCAGCGACAUGCCGAUAUCAAGCGAUCUCGCGAAUACAUGGCUCGUUUUCGCAACAAUGGCUGGGAACCUCAUGAGCUUAAAGUCUACUGGAAUGCAGAACAGCUGGAAAUUCUCUGUCCGAAAGAUUGUCAGCUGGAUGAAGACGAUGGAAGACUGCCACCACAUGACCCAUCGGAUGCUGAUGUCGUACAAGCUCUCCGCCAGUGUCCUGUGUCAAAACGAAAUCAUGCUGGCAACAUCACUUAUGUCAAUAAAGGAAUUGAAAAAGCUGUUUUCGAUGUACCCGAAGGUGCUCAAAUCAUUCUUCUUAAUUUCGCUAAUGAACAAUCACCUGGAGGUGGCUAUUUGAGCCAUGCAUGGGCACAAGAAGAAAUUAUUCUGUACAAUUCGGAUGGUUAUCGAGCGUUGCUUGAUCUUAAAUAUGGACGAAUGGGUGGCGACUACGCUAUACCUGAAUUCGGGUUGGCUUAUGCGCGCGACAUCUGCUUCGUCGAUAAAGAUACUAAUGAAUGCCGUCAAGCCGACAUGUUGAUUUCUGCAUGCUACUGCCUUUUCUCACGUCAACUUUAUGACAAUCCGAAGACCGAGUCUGAGUGGACAACAAAUAAUGUAGCCAAGUUUCGUGCAUUCAUGGCGGCAGCUGUUGCUAAUACGAAGGGUGAUGGAUCAAAUACCUAUCUUUUACUUGGGCCAAUAGGCACUGGCGCUUUUGGAAACGAGGUUAAUAAGAUUGGAUCCAUCUUUCGUAAAGUACUCACAUCGAAGAUGAUGGGCUCAUGCGACUCGGUUCGCAAUGCUUUCGGCAAUAUUUGGUUUGUUUCCACAGAUGCGUGGAAAAAUGACGUGUUCAAAAAAAUCUUGGCUGACGACGAAAUCGCUGAAGUUGAAUGA